CCAUUCUCAUUUCCCCAGUUAUAUGUUAUCGCUUCUCCUUCACCUUUCUUCCUUUUUUAUUAUGACAAACAAGUUUCUCCUACCCCCUUCACCUUCUCAGCAUAUGAAGCUCACUUAGAUUCUUCAUCAGCUAGAUGAUAACUUGCUUAUUCUUUUGGUUUGAUCCAGCUUUCAGAUAGUGACUUCUUUCCCAUUUCUGCCACCCCCACUUUUCCUCACACGUCCUUACGUAGAUCUCUCCCAUCUGGCCAUCUCAUAGUUUUAGAUUUGUUCAAAGCUCAUAAUUUACAUCCAUACUCAAUCUUUGUCAGGCGGGGUUUUCGUUUUGAUUGAGGUUUAAGAUUCAGAUUUGCUUGUCUGGUUUAGUUCAGUUUAGUUUGAGUUCAGUUUGGUUUGUUCAAGAGCAUUUAUUAGAGAGAUAGAGAGAGAAAAAUGGCGGUUGCUCCAGCUCGGUCUGGGCGCCAAGGGAAGCGCCCGUAUUGGGGUUUCUGUAUAAAAAUGGCAGCCGUGGCUAUUCUGGGGCUCUGCUUUAUAUUUGUGUGGACUAUGUUUUCCUCUCCUUCGAAUUCAGCUACUACUCGAAUAGAGAGCUUUGACAAUAUAGAGCAGCCUCCUGGAUCAAGCAGCAAAAGGGUCAGCAGUUCUGGGGUGAAGAAGGUAAAUGGGUCUGUUGCUUUGGGUCGUCAUGAGCAUAAAUCUGAGGAGAGGGAGAAGAAGAAAGACGUAGCGAAUGCGAAGAAUGAGAGAGUGAAGAAGAAGAAGUUACCAGAGAAAGAAUUGAGUAAGGAGAAGGAAGAGAAGGAAGGAGAUGAGGAGGAAGAGGCAGAAGUGGUGGAUGGAAAGGAAGAAGGUUUAAAUGGUGAAGGUGAUCAAGGAAAUGAGAAUGUAGAAGGAGAGGGUGAUUUGGUUGAGGGGUUGGAUCAGGAAGCUGAGGAGAAGUUGGAGGAUGAUGAUGGUGAGUCAGAGAUUAAGGGAAAGAAGAGCGUGAAGGUCAAGGGUCCGGUGUUUGAUCCGAAAGCGAGUUAUCACUGGAAAUCAUGCAGUACAAGGAGCAAGCACAAUUACAUUCCUUGUAUUGAUAUGGAAGCUGGCUCUGGAAGGGUGCAGCAGUAUAGACACACAGAGAGGAGUUGUCCCCGAUCGCAGCCAAUGUGUCUUGUGCCUCUUCCCCCUGAUGGAUAUGACCCUCCGGUGCAUUGGCCCGAGAGUAAAGAGAAGAUAUUGUACAAGAAUGUUGAGCACCCUAAGCUUGCUGCAUUCAUCAAGGAACAUUCUUGGGUGAUGGAGUCCGGAGAAUAUCUUACUUUUCCUCAAAACCAGUCUGAGAUUAAGGGUGGGGUUCUUCAUUAUCUUGAGUCCAUUGAAGAGAUGGUACCAGAUCUCGAAUGGGGAAAGAAUAUUCGUGUAGUGCUGGAUAUCGGAUGUACAGAUUCUGCUUUUGGGGCUUCUCUCCUUGAUAAAGACGUAUUAACAUUAUCAUUGGGGUUGAAAGACGACCUAGUUGACUUAGCUCAAGUGUCCCUUGAGCGCGGAUUUCCUACUGUAGUUAGCCCAUUUGGAAACAGAAGGCUUGCUUUCCCUAGUGGUGUUUUUGAUGUUAUUCACUGUGGCGGGUGCACUGUGCCUUGGCAUUCCAAUGGUGGUAAGCAUCUCCUAGAGUUGAAUAGGAUUUUGAGGCCUGGGGGAUACUUUAUCUUGUCAACUAAACAUGAUAGUUUUGAAGCCGAAGAAGCCAUGAAUACAUUGAUGGUAUCUAUCUGUUGGAAUAUUUUGGCUCAUAAAACUGAUGAAAUCAGUGAUGUGGGUGUCAGAAUAUAUAAGAAGCCGGAGUCAAAUGAUUUAUAUACAAUGAGGAGGAAGAAACAUUGGAUACCUUUAUGCAAGGAAAACGAGAAUCCAGAUGCUGCCUGGUAUGUCCCCGUGAAGAUUUGCUUGCACUCCAUUCCAUCUAGUAUUGAAGAGCGUGGAUCAGAGUGGCCGGAGGAAUGGCCCAACAGGCUCGAAAAGUAUCCAGACUGGCUGAAGGAUAAAGAUAAGUUGAUUGCAGACACCAAGCACUGGAAAGAUAUUGUGGACAAGUCCUAUCUUAUUGGACUUGGUAUUGACUGGUCAAGCAUUCGAAAUGUGAUGGACAUGAAAGCCAUCUAUGGAGGAUUUGCUGCAGCCCUGUUGCAACAGAAAGUUUGGGUGAUGAAUGUGGUCCCCGUCCAUGCACCUGAUACGCUUCCUAUCAUUUUUGAGCGUGGGCUUGUUGGAACCUACCAUGACUGGUGUGAGUCUUUCGGUACUUAUCCAAGAUCAUAUGAUCUUUUGCAUGCUGAUCAUCUCUUUUCACGGCUCAAAAACAGGUGCAAGCAGCCUGCAUCAAUUGUUGUUGAGAUGGACAGAAUUUUACGGCCAGGAGGUUGGGCCAUCGUACGUGACAAAGUCGAGAUUCUGGAUCCAUUGGAGAGCAUACUCAAGAGUUUGCAGUGGGAUAUAAGGAUGACUUAUGCUCAGGAAAAAGAAGGUAUCCUCUGUGCACAGAAAACCACAUGGCGCCCUUGAGACUGUAAUGCAGUAUGGCUUCCCUGGAUCAGAGCCAGGAUUCAGAUUGUAUAUCAGCCGGACUUAAACUUCUUGUUCGAUUAUAUCCUGAAGCUUGGAGCCGAAGCCACACUCCAUUUUUCUAGCGAAAUACAUGAUAUCUGAUCUCAUUUAUUCAAAUCUUAACAAACAGUUGAUGUAAAAAGAUGAGGCUGAGGGUGUGAGUGAGCUCAUUACCAGUAUAGGCACUAUAUACAUUUUUGUACCCACAUUAAGCUUCA